AUGGAAUACGCGGUGGAUGGGCAGAAUCCCUUCCCGGCGCAGGAGGCGGAUUGCGCAAAUGAAAUCCCGAUUGUGAAGUUGGCCAUGACCCACGAAUUAUCUCCCGUGGCCGGUCACAUGAGUGCCACAUACAGAGGAUCCCUUCUUGUCUGGGGCGGAUACUAUUACUCGUACAAUACUAUGGACUACAGGAAAGGAUCUGAUUUGUACAUAUACCCCUUCGGACUUGCAGGCGACUCCGGUGUCUGGUAUGUCAUGCUUCGCUUUAUAGGACACACAGCGUUGCUACUGAAAUUUAAUAAAAAUAUUUUGAAGGUUGAAAGUGAUGGGCACUGGAAAUGAGCCCAAACCCAACAGUGGAGGUGCCGCAUUGAUCUGUGGCGAUGACCUUUACAUCUUUGGUGGAAUUACUGUGUGUAAGUGCAUCCAUAAAAUUUGCCAUUGUUUAGUGGGCGACAGUACGGGAAGACGGAGGAAUCCCCAGACAAGCAUGUUGUGGAAGCUGAACAUCCCUUCCGCUGUGUGGGAGAUCGUGGAUCCAGAUCCCGAUCUAAAGGUGCCCACUCCUCGGGACAAGACCGCGGCCUGGUCUAUCGGCCGCAAGCUUUAUUUCUUUGGGGGAUUUGGUCCCACUUUCCAACUUCUGAGUCCCUCGGACGCCUAUCUGGCCGGAGACAAUGACUUUGUCUAUGGAGGGCCAGGGAAUUGCUGGAACAAUCAAUUACUCGAAUUCGACGUCGACUCGAGGAUUUGGAGAUUGGUCCCCAAGAAAGGAACGGUUCCUUCUGCUCGCGCUGGUGCUGGAUCACAAUAUGUUAAGGAUUUGGGGGUGGUCUUUUUAUUCGGGGGUCGAGGAUCUACUACCAGAUUGAAUGACCUCUAUAUUCUUGACGUUCAUUCGUUUGUUUGGACUGAAAUGUAAGGAGGCUUGCAUAAUGUCAUCACAAUUACUUUCCGUUCUUCAAUUAGCGUAAUCGUUUAUGUUUAUAGCGACCUCUCUGUCCGCCCUCCCGGUCGUUCCUGGUGUGCCAUGAGUUGGAUCCCGGAUCGAAAGCAGGUAUUUAUGAGUAGUGGAUUUUCGGUUGAGGAGAAACCCUUGGACGAUGUGUGGAUAUUGGACAUCGCACAAUGUUAUGGAACCCCCAUCAGACAGAACACCAGUGUCCAAUGGAAGUGUGUUCGUCCAGCCACAAAUCAUGUGGAUGACACUUCCCCUGAGAACAUCAACCCUUCCAAUGACACGACAGCGGCCCCAUCAUCUCCUUUCCAACGAUUCUGGCAUACAGCGAACAUGAUACAGUCGAGAUCUCAGAGCCCUUUCACAGAGGCCGUAUUACUCUAUGGCGGUGGGUAUCGGUGAUCGUGACUUUCAAUUUAACUCACCAAGUAAAGCAUUCUGUUUUUUAGGCAUGUUCCAACACCCUUGUUCCACUGCCCCUUGUCUGAAUACCCUCCAUGUCCAGACCAUCGAACCCCCUUCUCUCUUUGUCACUGUCCUACGAUGGUAUGCCAAGACCCACACCAAAUUGCCAUCUCCCGUUUUUCCCACUUUAUAUCGCAAGUACUUUUUAUUGGAAGAUAUAAAUCGCUUCAAAAGGGACUUCCGCCAGUCCUAUGGAGACUGUUCCCGGCUAGCCAGCUCUCUUCAUGGCCUCACAUUGAAAGAGAUUUUCGAUAUCCUUGAUAUGAGAAACAGUAUAUAG